GCGUGGGAGUACCUCGCCAGGUCCAGGCCAGGCAGGCAGCUCCCAACCGCGAUAUGCUUCUCUUCCCUGGCUUCGUGAACUCCUUCCACGUUGUGGCGACGCCGCGUGGCGCUCUGCGCGUCGCUCCCGUCACCAUGGCGGACGUGCUGGUCAUCCAAAACAAGGGCGGCGGCCACGGCGAGAUCGGGUUCCACCUCGCUCAGCACCUCGUCUCUCGCGGCGAUGCCGUCACAAUUCUCCACGAGGGCGACGGCCCGAACCCAAAGGAGGCGCACCGUGCCUACGGAGAGCUGCCGUCGGACGUCAAGGUGAUAUGGGGCGGCGAUCUCUCUGAGGCGGCAGCGUGCCUCGCCAAGCUGGAAGGCGCGUCGUUCAGCGCGGUGGUCGACAAUUGGUCCAAGUCGCCCGAGGCGAUCGCCCCGUACGCAACAGCGGCCAAGGCCUGGGGUGUGAGCAACUACGCCUACGUGUCGUCUGCGGGCAUGUACACGCCCGACAAGGGCGACUAUGGGGCGGUGGGCGAGGAGUGCGCGGUCAAGAGCUCGGGCCAGCGGCAGGCCGAGGAGAAGAUCGCAGAGAUGGGCCUCCCCUUCUCCUACUUCCGGCCGCCGCAGUAUAUCUACGGCCCCGCGCAGGGCAAGAGCUACCUGGCCUUCUUCUUUGACCGGAUCACCCGCGGACGGCCGGUGCCGGUGCCGAAUGGCGGCGACCAGCUUGUGACCAUGACGCACGCCGCCGACAACGCCGCCAUGAUCGCUGCCGCCGUCGGGAACGAGGCGGCCGUCGGCGAGGCGUUCAACUGCGCGACGCCCUCCCUCGUGACGUACGACGACCUCGUCCGGCUCUGCGCGGGCGCGGCGGGCAAGGAAUGUGAGAUCGCACACUACGACCCCGCGGGCUUCGACAAGCCCGACGGGUUCAAGUACAAGUUUCCGUUCCGCGACACACCCUUCUACGUCUCGGCGGACAAGGCGAGCCGGCUGCUCGGCUUCUCGCCCGCGCAUAGCAUCGCCGACGACAUCUCGUGGUAUUACAGCGAGCAGUACGUGGCCAAGGGCGGGCUCGACAAGGAGCUCGACUUUGCAGAGGACGACGUCGUGCUCGGGAGGGUGCCCGCGUGAUGUACGGCGCCGCGAGCCGCAUGCGUGGGAGGGGGACGGUCCUCAUGGGGGGUGGAGGGUGUGAAGUGCUCGCAGACACCGACACGCGAACCCCACAGUGCGCCACUGUCAGUGGCGGACAGCGACAGGCGGAGUGGCGGAUAGACUAACGAUAGAAACUCUGCGCGGUUCGCUACAUCGGUAAUCGAAUACUGUAAAUCCACACACGCCAC